CUCGCUCGCUCGCUGGCUCCCCGCCUCCCGCACUCCGCUGGCUCCCACCCCUUCCCGGCGUGAUUGAUCCGUCACGGGAGCCGCCGCCACCGCGGCCGUUCUGAGCGAGCAGAAGCCGGAGCCGAGCCGGGGCCCGGGCCGGCGCCAUUGCGCGGGAGCCGCGGGCAGAGCUCGGCGCCGGGCGGCGGGCCGGGCCAGGCCAUGCGGGCCGAGUGAGCUGGCGCCCGCAGCCCGCGGCGCGGCAUGGCUUCCCCGCCGAGCUCCGGGCAGCCCCGGCCGCCGCCGCCACCGCCGCCGCCCGCGCGCCUGCUGCUGCCCCUGCUGCUGUCGCUGCUGCUGUCGUUGGUGCCCGGGGCCUGGGGCUGGGCGCGGGGCGCCCCCCGGCCGCCGCCCAGCAGCCCGCCGCUCUCCAUCAUGGGCCUCAUGCCGCUCACCAAGGAGGUGGCCAAGGGCAGCAUCGGGCGCGGCGUGCUCCCCGCCGUGGAGCUAGCCAUCGAGCAGAUCCGCAACGAGUCACUCCUGCGCCCCUACUUCCUGGACCUGCGACUCUAUGACACCGAGUGUGACAAUGCAAAGGGACUGAAAGCCUUCUAUGAUGCAAUAAAGUAUGGACCGAACCAUCUGAUGGUGUUUGGAGGCGUCUGUCCAUCUGUCACAUCUAUUAUCGCAGAGUCCCUCCAAGGCUGGAAUCUGGUGCAGCUUUCCUUCGCCGCCACCACGCCUGUCCUUGCGGAUAAGAAGAAGUACCCAUAUUUCUUCCGGACGGUGCCCUCAGACAACGCGGUGAACCCGGCCAUCCUGAAGCUUCUGAAGCACUUCCGCUGGCGGCGCGUGGGCACACUCACGCAGGACGUGCAGCGCUUCUCCGAGGUAAGAAAUGACCUGACUGGGGUUCUGUAUGGGGAAGACAUCGAGAUCUCGGACACAGAGAGCUUCUCCAAUGAUCCCUGCACCAGCGUCAAAAAACUCAAGGGGAACGACGUGCGGAUCAUCCUUGGCCAGUUUGACCAGAACAUGGCAGCCAAAGUCUUCUGUUGUGCCUUCGAGGAGAGCAUGUUUGGCAGCAAGUACCAGUGGAUCAUCCCGGGUUGGUACGAGCCCGCGUGGUGGGAUCAGGUGCACGUGGAGGCCAACUCCUCACGCUGCCUGCGCAGGAGCCUCCUGGCUGCCAUGGAAGGUUACAUCGGAGUGGACUUCGAGCCCCUGAGCUCCAAACAAAUCAAGACCAUCUCAGGGAAGACUCCACAGCAAUACGAAAGAGAAUACAACAGCAAGCGUGCGGGCGUGGGGCCCAGCAAGUUCCAUGGGUACGCCUAUGAUGGCAUCUGGGUCAUUGCCAAGACCCUGCAGAGGGCCAUGGAGACACUGCACGCCAGUAGCCGGCACCAGCGGAUCCAGGACUUCAACUACACAGACCACACACUGGGCAGAAUCAUCCUCAAUGCCAUGAAUGAAACCAACUUCUUCGGGGUCACGGGUCAAGUUGUGUUCCGGAACGGGGAGAGAAUGGGAACCAUUAAAUUUACUCAAUUUCAAGACAGCAGAGAGGUGAAGGUCGGCGAGUACAACGCAGUGGCUGACACUCUGGAGAUCAUCAACGACACCAUAAGGUUCCAGGGGUCAGAACCACCCAAGGACAAGACCAUCAUCCUGGAGCAGCUUCGGAAGAUCUCGCUUCCACUGUAUAGCAUCCUGUCAGCCCUCACUAUCCUCGGCAUGAUUAUGGCCAGCGCCUUCCUCUUCUUCAACAUCAAGAACCGGAACCAAAAGCUGAUCAAGAUGUCAAGCCCCUACAUGAACAACCUCAUUAUCCUGGGAGGGAUGCUGUCCUACGCAUCCAUCUUCCUCUUUGGCCUAGACGGAUCCUUCGUCUCAGAAAAGACCUUUGAAACACUCUGCACGGUCCGGACCUGGAUUCUCACCGUGGGCUACACAACUGCCUUUGGGGCCAUGUUUGCAAAGACUUGGAGGGUCCACGCCAUCUUCAAAAAUGUGAAGAUGAAGAAGAAGAUCAUCAAAGACCAGAAGCUGCUUGUGAUUGUGGGGGGCAUGCUGCUGAUCGACCUGUGCAUCCUCAUCUGUUGGCAGGCUGUGGACCCCCUGCGGAGGACGGUGGAGAGGUACAGCAUGGAGCCGGACCCAGCAGGCCGGGACAUCUCCAUCCGCCCACUGCUGGAACACUGCGAAAACACCCACAUGACCAUCUGGCUCGGCAUUGUCUACGCCUACAAGGGGCUCCUCAUGCUGUUCGGCUGCUUCUUGGCGUGGGAAACCCGCAACGUGAGCAUCCCUGCCCUCAACGACAGCAAGUACAUCGGGAUGAGCGUGUACAACGUGGGGAUCAUGUGCAUCAUCGGGGCUGCUGUCUCCUUCCUGACGCGGGACCAGCCCAACGUGCAGUUCUGCAUCGUGGCCCUGGUCAUCAUCUUCUGCAGCACCAUCACUCUCUGCCUGGUGUUUGUGCCAAAGCUCAUCACUCUGAGGACAAACCCUGACGCAGCCACUCAGAACAGGCGAUUCCAGUUCACACAGAACCAGAAGAAAGAAGAUUCGAAGACCUCCACUUCAGUCACCAGCGUGAACCAGGCGAGCACAUCACGCCUGGAGGGACUGCAGUCAGAAAACCACCGCCUACGAAUGAAGAUCACAGAGCUGGACAAAGACUUAGAAGAAGUCACCAUGCAGCUACAAGACACACCAGAGAAGACCACGUACAUCAAACAGAAUCACUACCAAGAGCUCAACGACAUCCUCAGCUUGGGCAACUUCACAGAGAGCACAGAUGGAGGAAAGGCCAUUCUAAAAAAUCACCUCGAUCAAAACCCCCAGCUCCAGUGGAGCACAACAGAGCCCUCGAGUACAUGCAAAGACCCCAUAGAAGACAUCAACUCCCCAGAGCACAUCCAGCGCCGGCUGUCCCUCCAGCUCCCCAUCCUCCACCACGCCUACCUCCCAUCCAUUGGAGGCGUGGACGCCAGCUGCGUCAGCCCCUGUGUCAGCCCUACCGCCAGCCCUCGCCACAGACACGUGCCACCCUCCUUCCGAGUCAUGGUCUCGGGCCUGUAGGGGUGGGAGGCCUGGGGCCGGGGCCUCCCCGGGACAGCACCAUGCUGGGCCAAGGCACCUGCCGCUGGCACACUGACGGGCAGCGAGCAGCUGGGCACCAUGCUGCCUCUCCAGACUGCUGGAAUGGCGCUCAGGCAGAGAGGGACUCCGACCUCGAGCCUUAUCUGUGAAGGUCUUGUCUCACGAGGGAGAGAAAAGGCAAUGACUUCUCCUUGGCGUCUGCAAACAAAGAGGAGUUGGGAUGUCUGAAACUUGCAAAAGCAAAUCAAACUCUAGACAAAGGAGAGAGGCCUCAGACUCCAGCUAUCCUCGCCAAGUGUCCAGAGCAAGGGCUGUGCAGAAAUGGCCCUCUGCACUCUGCACACACGGCAUCGGUGGUGCCCGCCCCCACACACCAGCCCUUCUCCACUCUGGGGAGAAGGUGAGCAGGGCCACCAGGUCUCCAGCAGCUGGCCCAGCCCUCUUCAGCCUCCCUGGAAGGGCAGGCGGGCAGGCAGACACAGCCCUGGGGCUGGGGGACCAGAGCAGGCAGCUGCGCAUGCUCCCAGGGGACAUCCAUCAGAAGAGAGAUGUUUGUUACUCUCUGAUAAAUGCCACACAUGAACACAAUAACACCCAUUCUGGGGACUGUGGGGAUUCAGGGCACUGCACUGCAGACGUGCUCUGCAGGAUGCAACCGGAUAGUCUGUCAUAUGCACCCACCGUGUCGGCCAUGUCCUUGUGUUCAAAUUUAGGGUUCCCAGUAAUAAGGGGAACCACUUGAGCUAAAUCAUGGAAUGUCUACUCCCAGAAAACACGAUAAAGAAAGAUUGUGCACUUUAACCUCUCCCAUGGGGGCCCAAGGGCUGCUGGGAUCCCCUUCCCUCUCCCCUACCCCCUAACUCCUUCC